AUGUUGGCUUUGAAGACAUAUUUGUCAGAGAAGAGUAAGCAAAUGAAGAAACUGAGGCAGGUAAUUCGUUAUAUGGACAGAGAAUGGAAAAUUCCAGAGCACUCAGAUUCUGUCCUUGAGACUUUUACCUGCUUGACCACCUUAAACAGAAAGUGGGGUUUUCCAGUCCUGAGCCCUUCUGAGGCCCAGAGCUCUGGUGGCCCUGCCUUGCCUGUUGAUCCUGGCUGCCUCUUGCCCUCUGUCUCUCCCCAGCCCAAGGAGAUGGAGCAUCACUCUUCCUGCCCUGUGCCCUGCUCUCUGAUCUUCGUGCUUCUCCUCCUGCAGCUGACCACUGCGGGGUCUGUAGGUACUCAGACUUUCACUUCCAUGUCUGUGUUUGUGUCCACAGAGGAGUUCCUGGUGAUUGGUCCCUCAAACCCUAUUACUGCUGUGGUGGGAGGUAACAUCACACUGCCCUGUCAUGUGUCUCCAGCCAUGAAUGCAGAGAACAUGGAACUGAGAUGGUUUCGUUCCAAGUUCUCAAAAGCUGUAUUUAUCUACCGAAACCAGCAGGAAGAGAUGGAGGAGCAGAUGACCCAGUACAGGGGCCGGACCUCCAUGGAGAAAGACCUCCUUUCCCAGGGGGUAGGUGUUGUGAGCAUCCACAAGAUCCAAGUGUCUGAUGCUGGACAGUAUACUUGCUUCUUCAGAAAGGAAGGCUUCUCUAAACAAGCUGUUUUGGAGUUGAAGGUGGCAUGUGUAAACUUUGCCCCUCAGGUGCACAUCACAGGACCUGAGGAGGAUGGGAUCCGAGUAGUGUGCAGAGCAUCAGGAUGGUUCCCCAGGCCGCAGGUGCAGUGGCGAGACUCCAGUGGGGAGAAGUUUCUGGCCUUCUCAGAGACCCAGACCCAGGAUGCUGAGGGGCUGUUCAGCGUGGAGGCGGCUCUGGUGGUGAGAGACAGCGCAGUGGGGAACGUGACCUGCUCCAUCCUCAACCCCAUCCUGGGCCAGGAGAAGGCCGUGGACAUUUAUAUCCCAGCAUGGAGGAAAGCCCAUCUGUAUGCAGAUUGGCGCAAAGACCAGUUCCAGACCUGUUCUGUCACUCUGGAUCCAGCAUCUGCCUCUCCCGACAUUGUCCUUUCUCAUGAGAACAAAAGUUUGACCUUGAAAGAUACUUCUGCAUACUCAGAUCUCCGAUAUAACAUCUUAGGCCAUGAGGGCAUCACUUCAGGGCGCUGUUGCUGGGAGGUGGAAAUCAAAAAUGGAGACAAAAGCAUUUGGGCUCUGGGGGUCUGUAUGGAAGAUGUGAAAAGGACAGGCUUCUACACGGAGUCUCCACAAAAGGGGUUCUGGGUCAUUGGACAUAAUGAAGACGGAUAUGUUGCAUUUGCUGACCAAGGUCAAUUUCUGUUCCCACGGCAGGUUAUCCAGAGGCUGGGGGUUUUCCUGGACUAUGAGGAAGGGGAUGUCUCCUUCUAUGACAUGACUGAUGGCUCCCACAUUUUCUCCUUCCCUCAGGCUUCCUUCUCUGGGACCCUCUUUCCAUACUUUAUGAUUAAGUCAGGAAAUGUAUUCCUGACCAUCUGCUCCGUGGAUGGUGGAUCUGAGCACCCUGUGCCCCAUAACAGUGAUCCUUCUUGGGAGGAGCCUGUGAACCCCCUAGGAGAGGGUUUUAGCCCAGACUCUGUUGUUGCUGAAGCUCCCUCAGGGCCUGAAUCUCCAUUACUUUCCCACAACUCUGAUAAUAUGCUACCUUCUUCUAGGGAGGAGCCUAUGAGAAUCCUAGAGGAGGGUUUUAGCCCAGAUACUAGUGUUGAUAAUGCUCCCUAA